CACCACAGCGCAGCGGAGAGCCACAGGAUACAGAGCGGUGUGAGCGCAGUGGAAGGACGCGCUUUCCAUCGCGCUCCUGAGAAAAACCCGACUAGUCUUCUGGACAGCGGUGUAGACAGUCGGACCCACACACACACUGAGACAAACAACAGUCAAGGACAUAUGUGAGCGCGGCGCGUUUCCGCGGGAGUCUACAUCAAGGAUUCAGGAACUGUGCGCAGGUCACGGCAUUUGUUUAGAAACUAAAUAAACAAUGCACUCUGCUGGCGACAACUAAUUCAAAAAGAUGAGUAACCAAGGUAAUCGACAACAUCCAGUGGUUCUGGGGUCUUCUCAGGCGGGACAUAGUCUGGUAAGCUGGACGAUUCUCACCCACAGAGUGAUAAGCGUUUCUCGGUCACCUUCUGAAAUGAUGUCUUGUGGCGACGUUCGUUACGCGCCAGAGUGCGUGUGAGUGACUGACCGAUAGUCUUUCUGAAAGAGAAAGAGAGGCUGGAUAGAAACAGCAGCCAGGCUUGUAGGCAGCGACAGCCAGACACUCAGAGCAGCCAUCUCGCCUCUGUCACAGCUCCUCAGACCCAUGCAGGAUGCCCGGAAAGCGCCGGGGAGUCCUGGUCCAGCUCAGCCCGAGUUCAUGACGCUCUGGGCGGCCUCGUCAUGCGUCUCUUGCCCGAGCCCAGCGCCCAGUCCCUCCGGCUCCUCUUCCUCUUUAUCUUCGUGAUGGGGGUGACCCCUUCCCCGGCUCUCACAGCCGGCUGCCCCGACAGAUGCGUGUGCGACGACCAGCUGGUGGUCCAGUGCGCCGGGCAGGAGCUAACCACGUUCCCCACAGACCUGCCCCUGGCAACACGGCAGCUCAUCAUCUCCAACAACCGCAUUGGGGAACUUCCGGCGCUUCAGCUCAACUACCUGUCCGAUCUGGUCUAUCUGGACUGCAGCAACAACUCUCUGACCGAGAUCUCCGAGUCCACCUUCGGGAAUUUGCGGAAACUCGCCUACCUGGACUUGUCGUUCAACACCCUGCUGCAGAUCGAAGACCGGACUUUCGGGCCCCUGGCGUCUCUGGUGAUGCUUCGGCUGACAGAUAACCCGAGUCUGGGGGAGAUCCACCCGGAUGCCUUCUCGGAGAACAUGGCUCUGCAGGUGUUAGAUGUGAGCCGGAACAACCUGACGGCCCUGAACAUCAGCAGCUUGAUCGCCCUGCCUUCUCUGCGGUCGCUGGGGCUCAGCGGCAACCCCUGGAGCUGCGACUGUGACACGGAGGACCUCUGCCUCUGGGUGCAGAUCGAGGGCUUCAAGUUCCAAGACGAGGGCCAGACAGUUUGCCACAGUCCCCCAGAGCUGGCGGGCCAGCGGAUGGCGGAGGUCGGCAUGCAGCUGCGGACGGACUGCCACCAAGGCCUGGGUUACUGGGACUACCUCUUCUUCAUCGCCAUCGGCUUCGUCAUCUUCUCGGCUGGCACGGUGUCGGCCUGGGUGAUGGGCGUGCUCAUGGUGCUGUAUGAGCGCUACAGCAAAAGGAAGAGUGAGGACAUGGACAGCGAUGACGAGGAGGAGAGGGGAGGGAUGGGCGGAGGAGGAUGUGGAGGAGGAGGGGGGGGAAACCAGGGGAACGGGGAUCUGAGCAAGUCUGGCAUGCAGGUGUGACAGACUGAUGUAAAACAACAUGAGGAGGGAUGACAUGAGACCAGCAGAGGAUAAAAGACAAAGAGGGAAGAACCAGAGGUGAUGAGACCACUCUGAGACCAAAGGCUCUGCAAUGAACCAAUACCUGACUGUCUCUCUUUAUUACAGAUUUAGAUAUUGCAAUAUGCUCUUCACCAUAUUGGACAGACUGUGUGUGUGUGUGUGUGUGUGUGUGUGUGUGUGUGUGUGUGUGUGUGUGCGUGAGAAAGAAAGAGGGACAGACAGGGAAAGCAAUAAGGAUAACUAUGCCUUUACUUCAGGAGUACAGAAUGACCUCUGAGAUUAUUGAGAGCAAUAACCCACAUACACACACACACACGCACACGCACACGCACACGCACACGCACACGCACACGCACACACACACUCAGCACAGAUACUCUACGGAGCUGCUGGUUUCUCUGAGUGGGCGGAUGUAACUGCAUACUAUGUGAAGUGCUCUGGAGUAACAUUCUGUAAAUGAUUAUAACAAGAUGUGUGAUGUGAUCGACACACACACACACAGUACAAUAAUACAUAAAAGAAGGUAUUGGGGGUCAUGAAGAGAGUGAUGCCUUAUGUUUGCGCCACUAAAACUAGGAGAACUAGUACAUUUUGGUAUUAAGAUGUGAUUUUCAUGGAUGCCUUAAGGCAAAUCACUUGACAUAGAACAGUCACGGUUGUCUCCUGUAGACAGAAUCUGUCCAAAAACUGUUUGGGAAAUGACCAAAUGAUUUGAAUGUAAAAAAAA